AUGAGAUCAAGUAUUUCAAGUGAUUUUGAAAAAGCGCAGAAAGUUGACAUCAAAACAAAUGAACAGUCAUCUGUUGAUGAUGAAGAAUACGAUUACGACGACCCCAAAAACUACAGCAACGAUUUUAUUGACGAGUACAAUCCAAGAGGGUUACGAGUUCCAACAAAAUCUGAAGAGCAAACAUUGAGAAGAGUGGUAGGUAAGAUCAAUUUUGCAAUCAUUUUGAUUUGUGUCGUGGAAUUUUCAGAGAGAGCUUCUUACUACUCGGUCACUGGUAUCUUAACAAACUUUAUCCAAAGACCUUUGCCUGAAAAAUCCCCUCAUGGUUGGGGUGCCCCUGCGUCAACCAGUGGAAGUGAAAGUGCGGGUGCUUUGAACAGAGGAUUACAAACUGCAAGUGCCUUGUCAAACUUGGUUACCUUUUUAGCUUAUGUUGUGCCUUUGUUUGGCGGUUACUUGGCCGAUACUACUUGGGGAAGAUGGAAAACUAUUCAGUGGGGGGUUGUAUUUGGUGGCGUCUCUCAUGUGUUGUUCAUCGUCGCAGCAGCUCCUAGUCUCAUUACUAAUGGAAAAGCUGGUUUGGCAAUUUGUAUUCUUGCAAUAUUCACAUUGGCACUUGGAUCAGGAUUCAUCAAGCCGAAUCUUUUGCCAUUGAUGUUGGAUCAAUACCCAGAAUCUGGUAACAGAGUGAAGGUGUUGAAAAGUGGUGAAAAGGUUCUUGUCGAUAGGGAAAAGACAUUGGAAAGUAUCACUUUGGUUUUCUAUUGGUCAAUCAAUAUCGGAUCAUUCUUUCAAUUGGCAACCUCCUAUUGUGCUAGACGUGUUGGGUUUUGGUUGGCUUUCUUUGUGCCAUUGAUCCUUUAUCUUUUCAUGCCACUUGCAUUUUGGUGGGUUAAGCCAAGGUUAGUAUUUGAGAAGCCAAGUGGUUCAAUAUUGGGUGUCGUGAUCAAGGUUCUUACCGUGUCCUUUUCGGGCAAUUUCAUCAAACGUGUUUUCGAUGGCACUUUCUGGGACUAUGCUAAGCCGUCCGUUAUGAAAGCGAGAGGUCGUGAAUACUUCAACGCCAAAAAGCAAACUCCAAUCAAUUGGACCGACCAGCAUGUUCUUGAUGUUAAACAGACUUUGAAUGCAUGCAAGUUGUUCAUUUAUUUCAUUCUCUACAACUUGGCUGAUAAUGGGUUGUCUUCUGUCACCACUUCGUUAGCUGGUGCGAUGAAUUUAGCUGGGGUACCAAACGAUUUGUUUAACAAUUUUAAUCCACUUGCUAUCAUUGUUAUAAUUCCCAUUUUGGAUUACAUCAUUUAUCCACUUUUAAGAAGAUACAGAAUCAAUUUUCGACCAAUUCACAGGGUUUUUCUUGGAUUUGUCAUUGCCUCCAUGGCUCAAGUGGCUGGUGCUGUUUUGCAACAUCGUGUCUACCAAACUUCACCUUGUGGAAACCACUCAACCAAUUGUCCUGAGCCAUCGCCAAUCAGUGCUUGGCUGGCUUCUUCCUUUUUCAUAUUAACGGGUGCUUCUGAAUGUUUUGCCAUGGCCACUAUUUAUGCUCUUGCCUACACUAGAGCAGCUCCCGCAAUGAAAGGAGUCACCACUGCAUUAUUUCUAUUUACAAUGGCGAUUAGUGCUGCUAUUAGUUUGGCAGUCACUCCAGCAUUGAAAGACCCUUAUUUGGUUGUUGUUUUCGCCGUUGUGGCCGGUGCUGCAUUUUUAGCUGGUGUUAUAUUAUUGGUGCAUUUCUUCAAUUUGCACAGGACAAUGGAACAGGAAGAACAGGAAAGGAUUGCCAUGGGCAAAGAGAUAACUGAUGAAUUGGAGCCGGUUAGUAGUUUUCAGCCAGUAGGUGCCGUGACCUCCAAAUCCUGA